ACGCAUCCGAAUGCCACGCUGUUUGUGUCGUGCGUAACAACCUCGCGGCGUCGCUUUCCCGUUCUCGUCGGCGUACGGUUCGCGUCCGCCCGCCGCCGAAUUAACCAGCCGGACUCACGGCCUGCUCGGCUGCCCCUUGCCACGAGUCCGACGCCGUCACCCACUAGAGGUACAUUCCGUCGCGCCGGGACGGUGAUUCCUUCCCACGCGGCGCCCUAUAAGACGGAGAGAACUAAAACACACACACCACACCACCACCUCGCCAGCACUCCUCCAGUCAUCUGAAAUCUGUUCCCGUCCUCUCGAAGCAUCCUACUCCUCCUCCUCUCGGCCCGCUCGGAUCGCGAUGGCCGCCACCGCCGUUGCUGCCGCCGCCGACACGAAGAUCGAGAAGCUUCGCGAGGCCGUCGCCAAGCUCGACGAAAUUAGCGAAAACGAGAAGGCCGGGUUCAUCAGCCUCGUGUCGCGCUACCUCAGUGGCGAUGCGGAUCAGAUCGAGUGGAGCAAGAUCCAGACCCCGACCGAUGAGGUGGUGGUGCCGUACGACACCCUAGCUCCGGCUCCCGAAGAUCUCGACGCUACGAAGGCUCUGCUCGACAAGCUCGUGGUGCUCAAGCUCAACGGUGGGCUCGGGACGACCAUGGGCUGCACUGGUCCCAAGUCUGUCAUUGAAGUUCGCAACGGGUUUACAUUUCUUGACCUUAUUGUGAUUCAAAUUGAGUCCCUGAACAAGAAGUAUGGAUGCAAUGUCCCUUUGCUUCUGAUGAACUCUUUCAACACUCAUGAUGAUACACAAAAGAUUGUUGAGAAGUACUCCAACUCCAACAUUGACAUUCACAUUUUUAAUCAGAGCCAAUAUCCCCGCAUUGUUACUGAAGACUUCUUGCCACUUCCAAGCAAAGGGCAGACAGGGAAGGAUGGCUGGUAUCCCCCAGGCCAUGGUGAUGUGUUCCCUGCUUUGAACAAUAGUGGAAAACUUGAUACCUUAUUGGCACAGGGAAAGGAGUAUGUCUUCGUCGCGAACGCAGAUAACUUGGGUGCAGUAGUUGACAUCAAGAUACUAAACCACCUGAUCCAUAACCAGAACGAGUACUGCAUGGAGGUUACCCCAAAAACAUUGGCUGAUGUUAAAGGUGGUACCCUCAUAUCAUAUGAAGGAAGGGUCCAGCUCUUGGAGAUUGCCCAAGUCCCUGAUGAGCAUGUGAAUGAAUUCAAGUCAAUCGAGAAGUUCAAGAUAUUCAAUACCAACAACUUGUGGGUGAACUUGAAGGCAGUCAAGAGGCUUGUAGAAGCUGACAAACUCAAGAUGGAAAUCAUUCCCAACCCUAAGGAAGUUGAUGGUGUGAAAGUCCUACAACUCGAAACUGCAGCUGGGGCCGCGAUACGGUUCUUCGAGAAAGCAAUCGGUGCUAACGUUCCCCGCUCAAGGUUUCUGCCUGUGAAGGCUACAUCUGAUUUGUUGCUUGUGCAGUCUGAUCUUUAUACCUUGGUUGAUGGCUACGUCAUCCGCAACCCUGCUAGAGUCAAGCCAUCAAACCCUUCAAUUGAGCUUGGUCCUGAGUUCAAAAAGGUUGCUAACUUCCUUGCCCGAUUCAAAUCGAUCCCAAGCAUUGUUGAGCUUGACAGCUUGAAGGUCUCUGGUGAUGUCUUGUUUGGCUCUGGCGUAAUCCUCAAGGGCAAGGUGACCAUCACUGCGAAGCCUGGAGUCAAGCUGGAGAUUCCAGACGGAGCUGUGCUUGAGAACAAGGACAUCAACGGCCCAGAGGAUCUUUGAGCAAUGCUCACCACCACCAAGACCAUCAUCGCACAAACCUUAUGGACGUCCAUCGCCGAGUUAAAUGUGUUGUAAUUUUCGUGUGCAUUCCGCGGUGGGGUGGUCCUUUGAGAGCCCCGUUACAGAAUAAUUGUUAACCUGUUGGUGACCUGUGUUCUUCCCUUGGUGUGCAAGGGACGUAAACAUUUUUCGAUUAAGUGGUGCCAUAGUUUUCCAUGCCAUGCCCCUA